UAAAACAUUCAGAUUGUCGCGACUGUGUUGAAACUGCAACAUCAAGAAUUGUUUUUGAGUGCCCCAAUGAGAAAGAGGCAAUCAUUUUCUUUGAGGAAUGUACGUUUCGUUUUGCCAACCGUUCUUUUUUCUCCAUUGAGGAAGAAGAACCAAAUGAUUGGUCUUACAGUGAAGCUAUGGUUUCUGACAAAGAUGAGUUCAAUCAGGUACUUACAGCUGCGGUUAGUAGGCCAAUUAAUCAGGCUGCUUUUAAUACUUCUAAAGGAGGUUUUGAUACAGGAAUUACGACAAAUUCUUCUGCGAAUGUGACAUUGUAUUGCCUUGCACAAUGUACACCUGAUAUUCUUGGUAUCCCAUGCCAUAAAUGCCUUGUUGCAGCACUUGGGAAUCUUGUUGAUGAAGGGAAAACGAAGAUGAGUCUUUUCAUGCCUAGUUGUCAGGUUAUGUAUUCUCUUGCUCCUUUCUUCACUAUUGGAAAACGGACACCAAGUUCUUCACCAGUUCCUACAAUUGAUUCCCCUCCAAAUGUACCAUAUGCUCAAGUUCCGUCUGUGUCUCAAAGAAAGAGUAAACUGUUCAUUGCUGUAGGAGUUGCUGCUGCUUUAGGAUUGCUUGUGUUUCUUUUUGCUGUUUGGUUUUGGUUGCGUAAGAGAAAGGCGAGUGAGGAGCGCAAACAAGAUGAGUCGUUUGUUGGACAAAUCAAAGAAAUUUCAAACAAUGUGCAUAGCACAUUUACAUAUGAAGACUUAGCUUUGGCAACUGAAAACUUUUCCAGCGUUAAUCUUGUUGGUCAAGGUGGUUUUGGAUAUGUCUACAAAGGAGUCUUGUCUAAUGGCAAAGAAAUUGCAGUCAAACAGUUGAAAACCGGAAGUUCUCAAGGAGAGCGCGAGUUUCAGGCAGAGAUCGAAACAAUUAGUCGUGUGAGUCAUAAACAUCUUGUUUCACUCUUUGGAUAUUGCAUCUAUGGAGAUCAACGUAUGCUUGUGUAUGAGUUCAUCCCAAACAAGACCUUAGAGUUCCAUUUACAUGGAGAAGGAAUAGAACCUAUGAGUUGGGCAACAAGGCUGAAAAUUGCUGUAGGUUCUGCGAAAGGAUUGGCUUAUCUUCAUGAGGACUGCCAUCCGAAAAUCAUACACCGAGAUAUCAAGGCAGCAAAUAUUCUUAUUGAUGAUCAGUUUGAAGCAAAGGUUGCAGAUUUUGGACUCGCGAAGUUUUUUUUAGACACAGAUACUCAUGUAUCUACUAGAGUAGUGGGAACUUUUGGUUACCUAGCUCCAGAGUAUGCUGCAAGUGGGAAACUUACUGAGAAAUCCGAUAUAUUUUCCUUUGGAGUUGUGCUUCUGGAAUUAAUUACAGCAUGUCGACCUCUUGAUAGAGCUCGUCUCUUCAUGGUUGAUAACAUUGUUGAAUGGGCAAGGCCUUUGUUAACACAAGCUCUUGAAGGUGGAAGCUUUAAUGAUCUUGUUGAUCCUAGUUUAAAAGAUUACAUUCCAUGUGAGAUGGCUCGAAUGAUUGCGUGUGCUGCUGCAUGUGUUCAGGUGUCUGCAAUACAACGGCCUCGAAUGAGUGAGGUAGUACUAGCUCUUGAAGGGAACUUGUCACUUGAAGAUCUGUUGAAAGAAAGCACUGCAGAUAACAGAAUGAUAAACGGAAGUUCAGAUUACAAGUCCGGUGUUGAGCACAAGGAAGCUUCAAACAAAUGGGAGAAAGAAGCUCUUCAAAGCUAUGCACAAAGUACUGGUAUGUACAGUGCAAACACAAGUGAGGCCAUAUCUACAUCGAGUAAUGAAAAUCAACAAGAUACACAGGAGAUAAUGAAAAUGGCUAUUAUAAACAAACCACGGUGAAAUUCUUUUGGAAUGAAUAGACUAACCAUUGAUUCUAAAAUCAAGAAAAUUCUUCAAAAUGUGUCUGCUACUAAGUUUAUUCUGAUUGAUGAACUUGAGAAAAAUUCAAUCAAUUUCUCUCGAUUUCUUGCUUCUUUCGCUCAUUUCAACUUCUUAUGGACUUGUGGUAUCAGGUGCACAAGUUUUAUAUUCUUGGUUCAACUGAAUCAUGCAUUUCUAGCUCUUUGUUGUUUUCUGCAGCUGUUAUAUCUUCAUCUGAUCAAAACCUUAAGCCUCUGUUUGCUUUCAAUGGAGACAAUUGAUCAGUGGUCUAUUAGACUAUGUAUUUGCAAACAAUAAUAAAGCUGAACAUACACACGAAACAUAAGUUUGAUGAAAAUAUCAGUAGAAAAGUUUGAAUAUUUGAUCCGAUAUAAGAAGACUGAAUAUUUGUGUGUGAUCAGUAGCCUAAUAUUGGAUUGAAUAUGGAUAAAGAGUUUCUAACAUUGUAUCUGAAUAUAACACUAGAUCAAAAUGAAUGAAGAAGAAGUUUGUGGACUAGUCUAGCCAGGCAUAGCAUAUACUUGUAAACAUAUAGUCAGGCAGUUUUAUGUAUUUGAAGUAAAUCUAUUAUUAAGGAGGCAUUUGGUUCGUAGGGUGGUAUAAGUGUGUUUCGAAUCAAAAAUCAAACCAGGAUGGUGCGGAGUUGGAACAGUGGGCACAACUUGGUCAAAGCCCUUACCUACACCAUUGCAACCGCGCUAUCAUGAUUGUGGAAAAAUUGUGUCAUGAUUGCA